AUGAAGAAAGUGAGAGGUUCCAAGGUGCGCAAAUGUCUACAAUUCUUGAAGCAUGGAGCAAAAAAAAUACUCAAUUUUGGGAAAACGAAUUCGGGUUAUUUCCGGGUCGGGCAAGAACCGAAGAACAGAGUGAGUGUACCAAAGGGACACUUGGCAGUUUACGUGGGCGAACAGGAAGAUGACACGUGUAGAGUUGUGGUGCCUGUGAUAUAUUUUAAUCACCCUUUAUUUGCUGAAUUGUUGAGGGAAGCAGAAAUGGUUUAUGGGUAUAAUUAUUCGGGUGGGAUCCAAAUACCAUCUAGGAUAUCCGAAUUCGAGAACGUUAAAUCAAGAAUCGCCGCCACGGGCAGUGGAUAA